AUGACUCUGUCAGGCAACCUGAGCGCCAACGACAUGUCCGGCCAGACGGUGUUGACGGCGGAAGAUGUGGACAUCGACGUGGUGGGCGAGGAGGACGACUGCCUGGAGGACUCCGGCAGCAGCAGCAGCAGCCUCGGCGGGAGCCCCGUCGAGGAGAAGGGGAGCGAGGAAGGCUCGGCGCCGGGCGCGCCGUCCGGGGCGGCGGCGGCGGCGGGCGCUGCGGCUGCUGCCUCCAGCGGCGGCAAGCCCAAGAGCAGCCUGGUGAAGCCGCCCUAUUCCUACAUCGCACUGAUCACCAUGGCCAUCCUGCAGAGCCCGCAGAAGAAACUGACGCUGAGCGGCAUCUGCGAGUUCAUCAGCAACCGCUUCCCUUACUACCGGGAGAAGUUCCCGGCCUGGCAGAACUCCAUCCGCCACAACCUCUCGCUCAACGACUGCUUCGUCAAGAUCCCCCGCGAGCCGGGCAACCCGGGCAAGGGCAACUACUGGACGCUGGACCCGCAGUCCGAGGACAUGUUCGACAACGGCUCCUUCCUGCGCCGCCGCAAGCGCUUCAAGCGGCACCAACAGGAGCAGCUGCGCGAACAGACGGCGCUCAUGAUGCACAGCUUCGGCGCCUACAGCUUGGCCGCCGCCGCCGCCGCCGCCGCCGCUUCUUCUUCGGGCCCCUACGGCCGAGCCUACGGCCUGCACCACGGCGCCUACCCGCACCCGGCCGCCUUGCAGUACCCCUACAUCCCGCCCGUCGGGCCCAUGCUGCCGCCCGCCGUGCCCCUCCUGCCCUCGGGCGAGCUGAGCCGGAAAGCCUUCAACGCGCAGCUCAGCCCCAGCCUCCAGCUCCAUCUCAGCGGGCUCGGCGCCGUGACCGGUUCGGGCCCCGCGGCCGGCGGGGUCAAAGCCGAGCCCAGCGGCCGGCCUUCCUUCAGCAUCGAGAAUAUCAUCGGGGCGGGCGCCGGGCCGGCCGUCAGCUCUUCCUCGGCCGUCAGCGCCCAGACGUUCCUCCGGACGCCCGUCACCGCGCAGUCGGGUUUGCUGGCCCACCAGCCGCUCUCGCUGGCCAGGACCACGGCGGCCAUCGCGCCCAUCCUCAGCGUGCCUACAAACAUUCUCUCCGGACAGUUCCUGCAGCCCGCCGCUUCGGCCGGCGCGGUCCAGGCCAAGUGGCCGGCGCAGUAG